CUGUUGGCAUUGUUAGCAUCAGAGGCCUUUGGUAUGACUUUUCUCUGCACGCACUCCCUCUGGUGGUGAUCGGGAGAACGGCGAUUCUCCUUCAGACUUCAGAAGAAAAUGGCGGAAGGCGAACUGAAUGUUGACAGCAUCAUCUCUCGACUCUUGGAAGUGCGAGGAUGUCGUCCGGGGAAGAUCGUGCAGAUGACGGAGGCGGAGGUCCGGGGGCUGUGCAUCAAGUCCCGCGAGAUCUUCCUCAGCCAGCCCAUCCUGCUGGAGCUGGAGGCCCCCCUCAAGAUCUGCGGUGACAUCCACGGGCAGUACACGGACCUGCUGCGGCUCUUCGAGUACGGCGGCUUCCCCCCGGAGGCCAACUACCUGUUCCUGGGCGACUACGUGGACCGAGGCAAGCAGAGCCUGGAGACCAUCUGCCUGCUGCUGGCCUACAAGAUCAAGUACCCCGAGAACUUCUUCCUGCUGAGGGGCAACCACGAGUGCGCCUCCAUCAACCGCAUCUACGGCUUCUACGACGAGUGCAAGCGCCGGUUCAACAUCAAGCUGUGGAAGACCUUCACGGACUGCUUCAACUGCCUGCCCAUCGCCGCCAUCAUCGACGAGAAGAUCUUCUGCUGCCAUGGAGGUCUGUCUCCUGAUCUGCAGUCUAUGGAGCAAAUCCGCCGCAUCAUGCGGCCCACCGAUGUCCCUGAUACAGGCCUGCUGUGUGACCUGCUGUGGUCAGACCCAGAUAAGGACGUCCAGGGCUGGGGGGAGAACGACCGGGGCGUGUCCUUCACGUUCGGGGCCGACGUGGUCAGCAAGUUCCUAAACCGCCACGACCUGGACCUCAUCUGCAGAGCGCAUCAGGUGGUGGAAGAUGGGUACGAGUUUUUUGCCAAGCGACAGCUGGUGACGCUCUUCUCUGCUCCCAACUACUGCGGAGAGUUCGACAACGCUGGGGGCAUGAUGAGCGUGGACGAGUCCUUGAUGUGCUCCUUCCAGAUCUUGAAACCGUCAGAGAAGAAAGCCAAGUACCAGUAUGGGGGGGUGAAUUCGGGACGUCCAGUCACCCCGCCCCGCACUGCCCAAGCCCCCAAGAAGAGGUGAGCGGCUGGUGUGUCCUGCCGGCCCUCCCCCGAACCCCGCGACCCCCCUCCCCCCCCCCCCCCAUUGUACCCCUCUAACUACCCUUCUCUUCCGCCUGUAGGGGGCCCCCCGGCACCCCCUCUUCCACACUGACAACUUUCUUAUACACGUGUACAUAUAAAUUUUGCCGUGACCAAUAUCUUUUUUUUUUUUUCUUUCUUUCGGUUUUUUUUUUUCUUUUUUUGCUUGUUGGUAUUUUCAAUAUUAAUAUUAUUAGUUGGUCGGUUUUCCUGGCCCGUGUGUGUUUUGCUCAGAUUCUGGUAUUUUGAAGUGCGGCGAUAUGACACAGAUGACUGCGUGAGGGCAGCGCGUGAUGCGCCUGGUCGUGUUGGGACUCGGUUGCGACGUUUAGAGUGAGUGACACUUUUAGCCUGCUCUGCGCUGUCAGUGGAUUUGACUGGGGGAAUGUAAUUGCACUCGACUGGACUAAAGCAAAUUUCCAAAUGGAGAAACCCUAUUGAACUUAUUGUUUGUAGAACCAUGAAAAAGAUGAUAGCGCCCAUAUGUGCACAUUUAUAUACAGAUACUCCUUACAAAAAAAUACUGCAGGUACUGUGAAGUUAUGCUGUAGUGUAACUGAAGUAAAUUGCAGUUAAAAUGCAGUAUAAAAGAGCUCUACUUCAUGGAAACUGCACAAGAAUUAGGGCAACUGCAUUAUAACUGUAGUAAUAUCGCAAAUUUAAAAAAAAUAUGUCCAAAAUAUAUUGCAUAAUACUGCAGUAAUCAUUACGACUGCAGUUGAAUGGCGGUUGUUUUUUGAAAGGGACGUACACAGUUUUAGUACCCAGUGCAAUAGGUGGAACGUGUUCACACACAAAAGGGCUCUGUGUAACAGCACGAUCGUUACCGUUUGUGGGGCUUCGCCCCGCAUCGCUUAAGGCGUCCACGACAGACGCCCGUGAAGACGGGUCCUUUGGAGGCCCCUGUCUCAGCCAGCUGCCGCUGUAAAGGUCGUAUCAGUUGAAGGGAAGCAUUUGCGAGAGUCCCUCUGGAACCUUGCGGCCUACGCUGAGGGAACCUUGCUUUUUCGGUGUCUGUGAAUUUACGCCGAUGCUGGGUGUGGGGGGGGGGCAAUGGGCUUCGUCGGAACCGUUUAAAAGGUCAAAGGCGAACGAGGACGAUUGGCUGAGAUUACCCCACCGUGACCGGCACAAUCGUCCGGCCCAGUGCUUCCUCAUACAGCGACGGUGCAGCGACUAGAGGUCAAGGUUAGCCGUGUGUGUGUGUGUAUAUAUCAGAGGAAGAGGGGUGUCGUCUAGCUCGGAGUGCUUUAAGUUGUUUGUGGUGCCACCUGGUGGUAAUACUGCAUAAGUGAA